ACUGUGAUUAUUUUCUUUGAAAUCGUCGAAGUUAUACAAAAAUUUACUUUGUGAAUUUAUUGAACUUUAUAAACUGUUAAAAUUUGUUGUUCUUAUUCGCUGUUUUAAUGUAUUUCAAGAGAAAGAAAUCAAAUGUGUUUACAAUUGAGUUCUAACCUCAAUAAACAUCAGAUCUUUAUUUGAUUUUGAUUUUAAAUAUUAGUCAAUUUUUUAUUAAUUAAAGAAAAGGUUAAAAAAUGCCAAAUCGUCCAUAUCCGAAAAGAGCUGAUGUUGCUGAUAAAGAUGCAUGGUCCUGGGUUGAAACAGUUUCACCAGAAAGUAUUGAAAGAGAACAUUUAGAAUCUUCAUAUAGAGUCAAUUUGAAUAUAUGUAAACAUUGCAAGAGAAAUUGCAGUUAUAAUCCAAGAUGUUUGGUUGGCUUGGGCGAAGAAAAAUAUUUAAAAUCACAGCCAAUCGAAGUAGCUUCUCUUGAAAGUUCUCUUUCAGAACUCAGAGAUCCAACUCAAUAUGUAGGCCUGAAAAAUCUGGGUGCUACUUGUUAUGUUAAUAGUUUAAUUCAAGUUUGGUUUCAUAAUGAAGACAUGAGGCGAAUUAUAUACAAAUGGAAAAUGAUGGAAGAUCCGGAAGAAAAUGAGAGUUUUCAUCGUUUUAAAGAUACAAACCAGCCUUAUCAACCUGUGACAGUAAUAGGCCAAUUACAAUACAUCUUUGCUAUGAUGCAGUUCGGUAAUCGGCAACUUCUAGAUCCUACCAAUUUAGCAAUAGCUUUAUCAUUAGACACAGGAACUCAGCAAGAUGCUCAAGAAUUUUCUAAACUUUUAUUAGCUCACAUAGAAGGCAAACUCCAACAAAACCUUACUUUAAAAUUGAUGCUCCAGCAAUUAACUCAGGGAACAUAUAUUUACGUUAAUCGAUGUUCAACGUGUUCAACAGAAUAUAAGACAUCAACGACAUUUUACGAAUUAGAUCUUCAAUUAGCUUCUACAUUGAAAAAUGCUAUAGAAAAAUAUUUAAGUGAAGAAGAAUUGGUGGGAGCAAAUAGGUAUCAUUGUCAAAACUGUAAUGAAAAAAGAGAUGCUAAAAGAUUCAUUAGAUUAGAAACACUGCCAGAUACGUUAAAUUUUCAACUAUUGAGAUUUGUAUUUCAUAGAGAAUCAGCUCAGAAGAAAAAAUUAACAUCAUCAAUUCAAUUUCCAGAAGAACUGGACAUGUCAGAGUACUUAAAAUGUCCAAGUCAAACACAUUUAUAUAGUUUAGUAGCAGUUUUAAGUCAUAAGGGACCUUCAGCUCAUUCAGGACAUUAUAUUGUCAAUAUUUGCAAUUCUGAAGGAGAGUGGUAUCAGUUUAGUGAUGAUAAAGUUGAAAAAAUGCAAAAUAAGCGAAUCGAAGAUGGAACAAAUGAUAACGGGAAACCAUUAAAAAAAGGAAGAGUUCUUAAAGGCUGUCUUUCAUCAAGUACUGCUUAUAUGCUUGUGUAUAAACGAUUAUCUGCUGAGGCUAAAGUUAGAAAAGGUAAUAAAUCUGGUAAACAAAAAGAUGAUAAUCAUAUUCUUUCGAGUAACUUAAAUAAAAAUGAAAUUAAAGACCAAGUAUUUGAAACAUCAAUAAAAGAGUCUGGCUCAGGUAGCGGAGAAAAUAGUAAAAGAAAAGACUCAAGUGACGAGUCUCCGUUAAUUUUUAGUCCUAUAAAAAAACAUAAGAGUGAAAAAGAUGAAGAACACCAUCAACAUAAGACUAUAGAUAAAGAGAAGAAUGGCAAAAGUGAUAGGAAUGAUAUAGCUACGGUUGUUAAAAGACUUAAUUUUGAUUCAGAAUCCAUGAAUAAAAAAGUUUGCAAAAAUAUUCAAGACUACGAAAAUACAAAUAAUAAUGAUAAAAAGCAUAAGACUGUACCUGAAGAAUUGAAUUUAGAAAAAGAUCUUACAUGUGAUGAGUUGAAAAGAAAUAAUUGGGAAAAAACUUAUCAAACACUAAAUGGUGAUGCUCACCGAGCUAUGAGCUGUCAUGAUCGCGAUAGGUAUGAAGAACUGGAAUUCGACAAAUGGGAGUUGAGCGAACAACUUAGAGAAUUAAUAAGACAAGAAAAUAUAAAGCACGAGUUAAGUUUACUUGCUAUUCAACAAGAAAACCAGAAGGAAAUUGAAAAUCAAAACUUGAAAAGACAAGAAGUUAUUGAUUUUUACACGUUACUUAAUUCUUCAGAUUGGACAGAAUACUCUUGGAUUCCUACUAGUUGGCUUAAUAAGUGGUUAGGUGAUCAUUCAGGUCUACCUGAUGCUGUUGCUCCAAUUGAUAAUUCAGUCUUAAUAUGUACUCAUUAUAAACUAGAUCCGUUAAAAAUUAAUCGUACAAAGUGCAUACCAGCUACAGCUGCUGAAUUACUUUUUACGAAAUAUAACGGUGGACCAAGACUCGACAAUAAUUCAUUAUGCGAAAUUUGUGUCAAAAAACGUUGUAAGAUACUUAAAUUUAAGUCAGAACUUGAAAAAGAUCGAAAAGAAGUUACAGAAAUAAUGAAACUGGUAAGAGAUUGUACAGACAAUUGUUAUAUCGUUGGUGCUGCUUCAAUGAAAUAUUGGCGAAGACUUGCUUUAGAAAAUAUGGAACUUGAAGAUUCACAUCAAGAUUAUAACGAUUUUGAAAUUCGUGGAACUGGAAAUAGUGAGAGUAAAAGUGAGAAUACAAAAGAAGAUGAGGAAGAAGAAUCAGAAAGAAUACUCAGCUUUAAUGAAGAUCUUUUGUGUGAACAUGACAGUUUAAGAACUCCUGAUGCAGCUAGAAAAAUCGUUCCAGCUGCUGCAUGGAGUAUUUUGAAAAAAUACUUCCCUUCAGCUAUGGAAUAUCCUGUUGGUACUCCACCCUGUGAAAUCUGUGAAGAAAAAGUAGAAGAAAAUGAAAGGUUAAAAAAGGAUGAUAAAAUUAAAGCCAAACAUCAAAAGGAAGAACUUAAUGAACUUUAUUUCUUGAGAAAUAGAAAUGAGAUUCUAAGGUGUCCAGAGAAGCAGUAUUUUAUUCUAGAAAAAGGAUUUUUGGAGACGUGGAGGACAUUUAUCCGGUGUGGUGGAAGACAUCCUCCUCCAACAGACAUUAACAACAGUCACCUUCUAUGUGAAGAACACAAGGGUUUUCUGUAUCUUCCAACAUUAACUCAUGAAUUAUACGGUAUUAUAACUGCUGAUGAGUGGACAAAAUUGACUGAAUUAUAUAAAGCUGAUUAUGCCAUCGAGAUCAGAAAUACUGGCGAAGAUGGAAAAUUAGUGACGGUGCCUGGUGAAUGUCAUUCUUGCAUGCGAGCACGAGAAGAAAAAGAAAGGAUUGAUAGUUUAACAUACGAUAAAGCUACUAUUUAUAUCCAAUGUGUUGAUGGUGAAGAAAAUGAGAGUGCGGUAAAGAGCUCACGACCCUCGAGGUCGAGGAGGAAAGCUAAGGGCUCACAUCAACUCAAGGUUUCAUCUCAAAUCACUUUAAAGGAACUUAAAGUUAUGACUAUGAAUAUUUGCGGAGCACCACCCAUAGACCAACAUCUCAUGCUUGGUGAUAAUGAAUUGAAAGAUUCUAAUCAGAAUAUUGGCUCUCUAGGCGUAUAUCCAGGUGCUCUUCUGAAACUGAAGAUUGAUACUCCUGCAGAUGCUGACACAAAUCCUGAAUCAGAUUCGGUGGGUCCUGAAGCAGCGUCGCCAGAGAAAGGCUUUAAGGGUACUGAACUCGUGUCCAGUUGAUUUUUAAACGGUAUGUGUCAGCUGUGUUAAAAAUUUAUUUUUAGCAUUAUUAAUUAGUAUUUAUAAAUAUAAUCAUAAUCAGUGAUAAAUAAAUGAAAAUACACUCUAUUAGAUCAAUACAUAUUAUAUAUAUAUAUAUGUAUAUAUAUAUAUAUAUAAAUUGCAGAAAAGUAAAUUGAACAUGAUAUAAAACAUAAUAAAUAAUGCAAAAAAAGAGAGAUCUUAAUGAAUAAUCCGUCAAUAGAAAAUCUAGGAACUUUUAUAAUGAAUUACUAGUAAUUUCAUAAUUUGUAAAAUAAUUUUCUAGUAAUUAUUAUUAUUUUUUCUACCAAUUUUUUAAUUUAACUAAAUAUACACGGCGAGAGUAUUAUAAUAAGUGGUGCUCAAAGCCAAAGAAAAUGUAUGAACAUAAUGAUUUAUAGUAAAAUUUAAUUUUACAUCAUUUUUUAAAAAAUUUUAAUUGAUCAUCAAUUGUAGAUUAAUCAUCAUUUAUAUAUUCAUUCAUUUUCUCACUGUUAUAAUUAUUCAUGCUAUUCAGCAUACUGUACAGAUAGAUAAUAUAAAAUAAAUUUGUACAAAGUUUGAAAUUUAUAAUAAUAAAUACAAUU